AUGGAUUAUGAGGCUAUAAUGCUCUCUCUUCUGGAGAUGCCUAGCAUGGAUUCAGAGGGCGCUAGUUCACAUCUGCCUUUUCUACCUCCUGUAGAGUGUGAGGUUCCAGUUCCUCCAUUCAUCUGGCCUACUCCAUUCAUCUGGCCCACACCUCCUACUCCCCUUGCUUUUCAGCCAGAUGCAGUGCUCCAUGGGUCUCAGCCUCCUCCAGAUACAGCAAUCCCUGCACCUCAGGCUCAACCUCCUAUGAGAACUAAAGCUCUUGGUCCUACUCCCCCUGCCACAUCUAAGGCUCCUGAGACACCUAAACCUCCUCUCACUGGAUCUCAGACAGACCCAGUGGUACUUAGGCCCCAGCCUCCUGUGAUCAUUGAAGCUCCUGCUCAUACUCCCUCCACAAUGCCUAUACCUCCUACUCCCCCUGCAUUUCAGAAGACACCUGCCUCUGAACCUUGUGCUUACCAUGUUGAAGAUGAGCAGCCUGGUGCUUGGCAUACUGGUAGGGCAUGCUGA